AUGGGAGUGGCAUCACCGUCCAACCAUUCGAAAUUACUAGAGGAUAACCAACUGGUGGUGAGACUAGAGCCACUGACCUGGCAUUUAGCAAGAGCACUGGUGGAUUUCGCUCAAACCUUCAACUGGAAUUUCAUCAUUGUGCUCUACAAUGAGCAUGCACCUGGUUCCAAACCCCUCCUCUCGGAAAUCAAACGUCUACAGGUUGAAAGAAGCAAACGAUUUCAUCCCAAUUUUUAUGAGUAA